GGCUUUGUAGAGGUGAUCUCCCCGGAGGCAGCUCAGCAGGCAGUCCGGCAACUGAAUGGGAACCUGCUGAACGGACGGCGCAUCACUGUGGCUAUUAAGGAGGAACGGAAAGUCCGCCAACCUCCAAAGGACACCCCAGAGAUGCCGGAGCUGGAACCUGUGAUCUGCCAAAGACAAGGAUCGGACUCUGAUGCCAUCCUAAAAACUGGAGUCCAGAACCCGCCUCCUUUAGAGCAGAAGGUCCAUUAUGGUGUUCCCAUGGAAAUGAGAAGUUUGUUUCUGCUGCAUAUGUUGAAGGACUGCUUCAAGGAUGGGGACUGGCUGUUCUCCGUUUCCAAAGUUGUCGGCAAAGUGGGGCUUCUGGUGAUGGAGUCGAUGCCACAGACACCAUAUUUCUGGGCUAUCAUCCUUACAAAGGAAUGCUAUCAAAAAAUGCAGAAGCUGUUCACGGACUUGGGGGCGGUGGAGUCUCGGUUGCCCUUUCUGACCAAGAAGGAGGCCCAGCGAGGGAUGCGAUGCUUGGCUGAGUGCACCGUGGGGGAUGAAGGCAAGGCCUGGAACAGGUGCUGGAUAUUUGACAAGAUUGAAGAUUUGGCCGUCGUGUUCUUUGUGGACUUCGGCUGCUCUGCUAUGCUCCCCUUGACCUCUCUGCGGAAGCUGGAUAUGGAUGAGUUCUGGUCAAUAAGCCCUUUGGCACAGCCCUUUAUGCUCCAAGAUGAGGUUCUCCCAUCUCAAAUCAUGAUGAGACAAAUUUUGGAAGGGACAGUGGUCGGUCCAUUAGAAAGAGAGCCCCAGAUUUUGAAGUUCACUCUCCAAGCGCACUAAGAGGACAUUGUGUGAAGUUGAGAGAGGCUCCUGCGCACUUCGGAGUCAUGUACAAAUUCAGCAAGCUUAUGUAAGCCUGCGGAUACUGUGCUUAAGAUUCAUUGAUUGCAUCCCAAACUUUUAAUUUGUCUUUGGUUUUUAUAAUAGUUUAUGAUGGAUGAGGAGCGUUUGGUCUCUGCAGUGUUGGACUACAACACCCAUGAUUUCUUUCCAUAGCUAUGUUGGGUGGGGUUGAUCUAGCCAAAGGUUCCCCAUUUCUAGUUUACAAGCUCUUUGGUUCGGAAUAUUAGGGGUUCUCUUUAAACAAGGCAACUUCCUUUUGGGAAAGAAAGUUGGGAGAGCAUUUUUGAGCCAGCAGGAGAGGGGCAAAGUAGUAGCCUCUAAAUGCUAAACUGCAACUCCCAAAAUCCCUGGCUAGAAUAGCGGUUUGAAUCAUAGGUUGUGCUGGCUGUGUGCCAUUAUAAAUCUUGUUGAAUCAUAGGUUGGCCACCCUGAAUGAUGUAUCUGUUUCAUGCCGUUUUGUCAGGACUAUCGAUUUAGAGGUAAUCUGUUUUUGUCCACCCUAUUUCUGAGUUUAUUAAAAAAAAGGCUAUGUUCUUGACA